CACAUCCCAGUGGCUAGUUAGUGUAGUGCAUCGAGAACGUGAGCACGCCCAGGCCACAGGUGUGAUAAUUAGGUGUGAAAUCCGCAGCAUGUUCACGCGGAUACCUUAACGGAAGACUUCUCUUUCAAAGAAGCAGAAGUAGGCUGAGGGGACUGCUCUUUUGUUAGUGGUCGGGCUGCUUUUGGUUAAAAAAUGGCUUCAUUGCGAGUAGCGGUCCGAGUCCGUCCGUUGAACAAAAGAGAAAAGCAGUUAUCAUCGAAGGUGAUAAUUCAAAUGAAGGGGAAGUCUACAUAUAUUGACAAGCCUUCCCAUAUUCGAGGGGAUGAGCUGAAGGACAGAAGAAAGACCUUUUCUUAUGACUUCUCGUACGAUUCAACCGACAGAGGAAGACCCACAUUUAUAUCCCAGGAGAGGAUUUAUCAUGACUUGGGGUGUGAGGUCCUGAAAUCUGCAUUUGAGGGUUUCAAUGCCUGUGUGUUUGCUUAUGGCCAAACCGGCUCAGGAAAAUCUUACACCAUGAUGGGACACACAGAAGAUAAAGGUUUAAUCCCGCGGAUCUGUGAAGGCUUGUUCUGCGAGAUGUCUCAGAGAGGCCAGAGCGACGACGUGUCAUUCCGUACAGAGGUCAGCUAUUUAGAGAUAUAUAAUGAACGUGUGCAGGACCUUCUAAAGAAGAGAACUACACCCACAGUUGGAGGCUUGAGAGUGAGAGAGCACCCCAGGGAUGGACCCUAUGUAGAGAAUCUGUCCAAGCACUUGGUACACAACCACAGUGAAAUGGAGGACUUGAUCAUUCUCGGCAAUGCCAACCGCACCACAGCCAGCACAUGCAUGAAUGACCUUAGCAGUCGCUCCCACGCCAUCUUCACCAUCAGCUUCACACAGGCGUGGUUUGAUUGGUUUGAUGCAGAGUUGCCACGUGAGAAGCUGAGUAAGAUCCACCUGGUGGACCUGGCAGGCAGCGAGAGGGCUGAUGCCACAAACGCCACAGGCUCCAGGCUGAAGGAAGGUGCCAACAUCAACAAAUCCCUGGGCACCCUGGGCAGUGUGAUCUCAGCUCUGGCUGAUCUCAGUGUGGGAGGACAGUCAACAAAAAAGAAGCAGAUCUACAUUCCGUACAGAGACUCCGUGCUGACAUGGCUACUGAAAGACAGCCUGGGUGGAAACUCUGUGACUACUAUGAUAGCAACCGUCUCUCCUGCUGACGUGAACUACAUGGAGACUCUGAGCACGUUGCGCUUUGCCAGCCGAGCUAAAGCCAUAGUGAACUCUCCCACGGUGAACGAAGACGACAGUGGGGAUGUGAUCCGAGAGCUGCAGGCAGAGGUUACCAGGCUCAGAAGGCAACUGCAAGAAGCCAAUCAGGUUCCCAAUGGGGCGCCAUCUUCCUCCGGGAAGGUAGAGGAGGAGCUGCAUCAGAAUGAGACAAGGGAGAAGACUGUGGCUCUGAGGAAGGAGGGGAGUGGAGUGAUCCUGGACUGCCAGUUACCUCAUCUGAUAGCCAUUGAUGAAGACCAGCUCAGCACUGGAAUCAUCCUGUAUUAUUUGAAAGAGGGCCGAACACUAAUCGGGAGUGACGAAGCAUCAUGCGGUCAGGAUAUUGUGCUUCAUGGACCUGGGCUCCUCAGUGAACAUUGUGUGCUUGAGAGCCGUGCUGGGACAGUGACUCUGAUCCCUCAGGAUGGUGCACUGUGUUUAGUCAAUGGCUCUGUGGUAACUGAUCCCUGCCAGCUGACGCAGGGUGCCAUCACACAGCUAGGAGGAGGAACCAUAUUCCGGUUUUACCACCCAAAGGAGGCUGCCCCACUCAGAGAGCAACACCAGAUCGGGCUGCUGUCUGCCUUCAGCUUGCCCUUGACUGACACGUCCAAAUCGACUGAGAAUCUGUCCAAGGUGAUGCAGCAAAACCCAGGGAUGAACAAGAAGCUCAACCAGAAGGAGGUGGAAUGGCAGCAGGUCCAAGAAAAUCUGAACAGAUGCAACCAGGACAUCAAAAGACUUUCAAAGGAUAACAGUGGGGCUCCCCAUCACAGAACCGAAGAGACUGGCAAUGGCCAGAUGGAUACGCUGGCUGCAGAGUCCAAAGGGCCAAGCAGCUGUCUUACCUCUGCCACAAUAGAGACUACAGCCAAACCUGGAAAAUAUCCUGUCCGUCACACUACUUCGGAGUUGGACGGAGACACGCUACAGGGCGGGAUAAGCACCAGGGAUGGCCAGGAGCAGGACGGGCACAUGUGUCAUAAAUCAAGGCCAGGGCUCAUGUCUCACUGGCUGUGGAGUAAAGCUCAGAAUGGCGCUAGAGUUGCAAGUUAUAAGGGAAGGAAGGUUUGGUCAGGGGAUGCCAGCCUCCAGGAGACAAGUGUCCUGGGCCUGGGUGAUGGAUGCGGCACGAAGCAAGAGGGGAAUGCUAACGAGAUCAAAGGCAUCGUGGCUGACUGCUACAAGGAGAGACCUGGCUCUGGUGGGAGCUCAUUAGGCAGCAUGUCCCACCUGCAGAGCAGCAGAGAAACAAGCACCACGUCUGUCCUCCCACAGACCAGCACUCCUUCUCAGCUCGACAUAAGGCCUCUCAGCAGUCAGGCAGCCUGCUGUCCACCUAAGGAAACUACCUUCAAAGGCCAGUUUGGCUGUGGAGAGAUGGCUGGAUCAGGAGGUUCAGAGGAGAUACCGGGGGUGUGUGCUAUCGAGACAGCAGCAGCCACAAUUCAACACUCAGGGCUGGGCUCUUUGGUCAGCAGAGCUUCUUGGAUUGUACAGGAUGCAGGGCGUCUUCUUUGGAACUCUCCCACAGUAUUGCAGCAGGUCAGGGAAGAGGGAUUACAGCCUGUUGGGGCCCGCUGGUCCAGUCAUGUUGUCUCUCUGGUCAGGGAAAGUAAUUUUCUGUCUAUAGUGAGGGACAGCCAGGUCUUCUCCAUGGUUAAAGGUAGCUUGGUCUUCUCUUUGUUGAAGGAUAGUCACAUUUUUUCCAUGGUGAAAGAGCUUCCUCUCAUACAGUACAUCCAGAUGGAGAUAACUCAAAACCUUCAGCCUGAGGAGGCAGCUCAGAUGAUUCAAGGCUGCAUUAUUCCUGACACCACACAACUCCCAGUCCCGACACCAACGCAAACUUUUUGCAGGGUAGAAGAACUGCCAGAUAGCGUGCCACUAAUCCAAGAAGAUAUGUCGACAAGGAAUAAGAGUACUGGUGAUCUGCGAUUACCACAAAAGCAAGUCAUGGCUGUUAUUCAUGCAAAGCAGGGUGACAAACUGUUUACAGAGCUAUCGCCAAUAAAACACAUCAGUGAGCCAGAGGUUGCACCUGGAGACAAAGAUCAGGCAUUGGCGAACUCCAGGACUGCGCAGAACAAAAACAAUGUCAAAAUCUAUACUCAAACAUUGAUAGAAUUUCCUGAUUCCCUUUUGAAGCUGCAAACUCUGCCAUUGCCAGACAUGAUGAACACUAUACAGUCUAUCAUCUCCACCCCGGUGCUCACCUUCCAGAAGAUUGUCGCACUCUAUUGGCUGAAUGUUGCUAAAUGUAGCCAACCUGAGCCCCGUCCUGCCUUACUGAUCCUGUCGGAGACUGGCCUCUACACGCUGACCACUGACUCUGGCCUCCUGGCUGUGUUCCAUCAACUCCCCUUGUUGCAGCUGAAAGAGGUGCAGAUAGGCUUAGCAGGCCACAGUCUGCGUUUGAUGAGCACUACAAAGGAGAGCAUCCUGGGUGUCUACACCCACAGCCAGCAGCUUACCAAAGAGCUAUGCUGGGCCAUACUCGGUGUCACCUGCCCUGGGGACAACAGGGUCUCUCAGCACCCUCUACUCCAUGGAGACUUGAUGAAGUUGUCUUUAGACUGGAAUGCUUGUGUACCUGACUUGCUGCUGGAUGCUGGUUUAAGGGUUCGCUGCCAGUUUCAGAAAAGUCUUGCUGAUCUGGUUUACCACCUUCAUUGUAACUUGGAUCAAAAAACAGUAACUCUGGGAGAAGUGCGGCUGCUACUAUGCACAGGUGUAAGGGUGUGCAUCAGCCCCAGUAGCCACACUGAGGCUCUGGCCCAGCUUUUACUCACUGAUACCCACCUUGGCCUAGUGCAGGAGGAAGUGGUCUUUCACCCGACUUCACCCUCUGUCACCAUAGCGCCCUGUUGUCCCCAAUUCCAUGACUUAACUCUCCGCCAGCGCUCAGAUGUCCGCUGUGUGCUGGUGCAUAAUGAAGACAAGCGUGGAGUUGUCAGACUGGAUGUAAUCCUGGCAAAUGUGCGGGGCAGGGGUCACCCUGAAAGCGUGACUAAGGCCGCUACCCCGCUUGCAAAAGCUUCAAAUUCAUCCUCGAAUGCAGAAGUGUGGAAAUUAACUUUCAGUUGCUCCUCUGAGGCCGCCUGCCUGAUUAGUCACUUGUCAAAUGUCUGAUCAAGGACUGAACAGCCAGUAAUGAACAGCCCAGCUUGAAAACUCUCACUCACAGGGAGCAAAAGUGCAUCCCAACCAAACAACGCAAAGGACAUCUUCACUGGCAGAUGACAGUGAAAACUAUGACCUAGUUUGUAGUUUCUGUAUUGAUUUGUUUCUCUAGAUGUUUGUCAUUUUAAUAAUUCAUGGCUUUAGCACUUUUAUCUUUAAAACCCUUGAAUUUCUUUGUUCUUGCAUUGUUAUUGUUCUCCCCCCCC